UGGUGGCAAGAUACACCUGGAUAAUAUUCUUUUAUCUUAUGAUGAGCAGUUUUUUUCCGUUGCAGAUGAAUUUGAUAGCUAAACUAAGCCAUCCAUAUAUUAUGAAGUACAUAGAUGUGUGGGUGGACCAGGGACGCUGUAUAUGCAUCGUUGCCGAUUAUUGUGAAGAUGGAAAUAUGGCAGAGAUCAUAAGGAAGUCUAGAGGAGCAUUUUUUCCUGAAGAGAAACUAUGCAAAUGGCUAACUCAGCUAUUGUUAGCUUUGGAGUAUCUGCAUUCCAACCGUGUUCAUCAUAGAGAUCUCAAGUUAUGUAACAUAUUCAUCACAAAGGACAAUGACAUCAGGUUAGGUGAUUUUGGCUUAGGAAAGUUGGUCGAUGCAGAAGGCCUUGCUUCCUCGGUAUCUGGCACUCCAAUCAACAUGUGCCCUGAGCUCCUCUCUGGUAUACCCUAUGGCUACAAAUCUGAUAUAUGGUCGCUUGGAUGUUGCAUGUUUGAGAUUGCCGCACAUCAACCACCAUUUAAAGCUGCUGACAAGACUGGACUUAUCAACAAAAUAAACCGAGGUUUAUUCUCACCACUUCCGAUUAUAUACUCUUCCACCUUGAAACAGAUAAUCAAAAGCAUGCUAAGGAAAACUCCAGAACACAGACCUACAGCUGCCGAGUUGUUGAGGCAUCAACAUUUGCAACCAUACCUCCUCUUGUGUCACAACCCGUCAUCUAUGUUUCUUCCCGUGAAGUCCCCAACAAGCACGAAAGAGAAAACACGACCAUCACCUGGAAAAUCAAUCAGUCCGAGAGAUAGCAGAGACAGACAGUUGAAGCUAAAAGAGAAGAGAACUGUCCUUUACUUUAAUGAAGGUGAUAACAUUCAGCCAAGAAAUUUAUCAGACAAUUAUGACACUUUCAAAGCCAAACUUGACACUAAGAGAGUUGAUCCAACAAGCUACUCAGUUAGGAUCUCUGAAGAUAGUGAUCAACCGGAGACAAUCUCGCAAACGGAAACUACGAUUACACCAAGCUCUUCAAGUUCAAGGGCAAAAAUAUGGUCCGAAGAACAAGAACAUGCUUCUCCGGAGCAUGUUAUGCAAUUCGAAGAGGGUGAUAAGAAGAGUUGCAAAACAAAAGAGCUCGAGGUGUUGAGAAGUCCACUGGACAAUGAGGAAGCAGAUAUAGUGGAAUGUUUCUCCGGAAAGCCUAAUAUAACAACAUUGUCUAAUGGAAGAUCCAAUGAUAAAACUCGAUCCUUUGAUGAAGAAAGCACUUCAUCAAGUUCACAGCCAGCAAAACCGAGGUGCUAUGCUGCUGAAACUGAAAAUGGUAGCGAGUGUAGAGAAGUUGCUAUUGACUGCAUGUCAACUGAAAGCGAUGGUUUACUUCUACAUAAAGACGAGAUAGAAAAGAAACAGGCUAAGAAAGAUGCUCUUCGAGCACUGGAUGAUAAGGUAUCGCAGCUCAAGUCACUAGCCGCAUUAGCUGGUAAAGAGGACAAAGACGACUGGGGGAAUCCAACUCAACAAAGAGCUGAAGCUUUAGAGUCUCUUUUGGAGGUUUGUGCGCGACUACUUAAGCAGGAAAAAAUCGAUGAGCUUGCUGGUGUGCUGAAACCAUUCGGGGAUGAUGGAAUGUCGUCUAGAGAGACAGCUAUCUGGCUGACAAAAAGUCUCAUGACCGCACAAAAAUUGGCUAAAGGAUCGUGAUGUUGCAAAGAAUGCUGCAUGCUUGGAUAGUUUUUUGCCCAUCGAAGGAGCUCAUAGCAAGUGUUGUUGGGAUAAAUUAUUGCUGGAGGCUCGACGUGGUUGAGGUUCCAUUAGUUUUAAUUUUAUUGUUGUAAGACACUUGAUGGAGUUGUGAAGGUUACAAUGUACUGCUAAGUUGAUUUCUACUCCAUAUAUUUGCAACAUUCUUGUACUGUUUGUGUUUCUCCAAAACUACCAUUAGAAAAAGAUCAUACAUUUCUUC